UUUCCUUCAGAGCCUCCUAAACAACACGGACGACCGGAAGUGGUCGCAAAUUUAAACCGCCAUCACAGCAACAAUAAGCGCGUACUUGGUACUUUCACUUCGUCGGCUGACGAAUCGGUAGUUUAUGAAGAAUUAAGCUCAGCUCUUACUGGGCAAUUAUUUAAGGUGAUGUGCAGACCUUACUGAAGCGGUCCAAGCUGACGGCAACAGUAUGGAGGAAGAAAUAAAGAUGGCUGAGACGGAACAAGGAGAUGUGGCGAGCAAUGAGGAAGAGUCCACUGUAGAAAUGUCCAAUAACAGUCCAGUUAAAAGAGGAAGGGGUAGGCCACAAGGUUCAAAGAAGUUGAAAGUUUCCGUUACAAAUAUUAAACUAACAGAGCAGGUUUCAAGCAUUUCCAACGGUGGGUCCAAACAGGCCCGGCGGGGAAGAGGGCGUCCAAAACUCAUGAAACACACAGUUCAGGAAGGAUCAGGAGACGGCAGUGCUGAUAAUUCUGUGCAAACUCAAGAGUCCAACAAACAGGCCAGUAAUGAAGACAGCCCUACGGCAGACCAUGCUCCUAAGAAAAGAGGCCGGCCAAGAAAAUCUCUUAAUGAAAGCCCUCUAAGAAUGCUGAUGCUAAAGACUUAACAAACGGUGGCUCUGAUACACCAAAAGCAAAAAGGGGUCGUCCAAAAGGAUCCAUGAAGCGCAAGUCAGAAAGUUUAACGAGGGGACAGAAUGAAGGCAGCUCUGUAACGCGUCGGAAACAAAGAGGCUCACUCAAUAAGAAACCCAGGAUAGAGACAAAGGUGAGCAGUGCGGGGGGGCAGGACUCAGCGAAGCCUCGUAGAGGGAGGGGAAGGCCAAAAAAAAUGGUUGUACAGGAGAGCGGGGAUGGCUCCCAGCCAGCUAAGAGGCUAAGGGGUCGCCCUAAAGGCUCUUUAAACAAGAAACCUCCAGCAUAUAAGGUGCAGAGUAAGUUGGUCCAGCCGAAGAGAGGCCCGCCCAAACGAGGGAGGCGCGGUCGACCAAGAAAAGAACCAGCCAAAAGGGGAAGGCCAAGGAAGUACCCUCUGCCAUCACCUGAGGAGCUGAAAAAGCCAAGAGUAUGGAAGCCUCUGGGGAGGCCGAGGAAAUACCCCCGUGUUGAUCCUCCAGAGGGGUCUCAACCAGCCCCUCGCAGAAGCCGUGGUCGGCCUUGCAAGUCAGAGUCCAAGAAAGGCGCUCACUUGCGCAAGAGUUUGCCUGCUUCUUCCUCCUCGCCACACAACCCCAACGUUGGAGCCCCAAGAAAACGGGGCCGUCCCCCAAGUGCUCCAAAAAGUGAUGCUGUCCCAACGCGGAAAAGGGGCCGUCCUAAAGGUUCAGUCAACAGAAAUAAAGCCAGAAAGGAAACGCAGCUCGAAACCGCAGUCUCCAAUAAUUCAAAAGAAGAGAGUGAUUCAUCUCCUGUUGUGGUGGAAUAUGAAGCAGAGCAGGUAGAAGACGAGGUGGAGCACAACACAGAGACGCCGGUCGAGCAAAACGAAGAGAUGCCAAUAGUGCAAGACGAAGAGAUGCCAAUAAUGCAAGACGAAGAGACGCCAAUCGUGCAAAACGAAGAGAUGGCAAUAGUGCAAAACGAAGAAAUGUCUCUCGAACUCGUGGAGAUUACAGAAGAAUCUUUCACUGAUCAGGAUGCAGGCUUUGACGUUAGUAACCAGGCUUGACGAAUCACCCGGUCUGACCAAAAAAACAAUCUUGUCAAUGAAAAACACAUGAUUUAAAAAAUAUUGUCAGUCGGUUAGCUAGAUAUUCUGCUGGUCUUCUGUUUUCUGACUAACAUGUCCAUCUUUUUCUAUUGUGCUUGAUUUUUUUUUCUUUCUUUUUUUUUUUAAGUACUUUAUUUCUGUCAUCUCAGUAAGCUACUUUCAUUUUAGCUUUCAGAUGUAGUGUGUGUCAGUUUUAUUGUUGCUGUAAAACUGUUGCUGGGGAAGGACUUGGAAGGGCGGGAAAGUCUGAACAAAUGUUGGAAAAAAUAUAAAGAACAGUCAAACUAUAGAGCUGAAGUCUUGACAUCAGAAGCCUCUGUUCAACUAGCUUCUGUAACUCAGUAUUUUUGGAUAUAUGAAAUCCGUCUUUGGGGUUUACCUUCCAUAUUUUAGGACUAACUGAUCAGCCACCAUCGUUUUCACCACCUUCUUAUAUAGUUGUGUAAAUAAACUGCCUCUUUGAAUUGAAA